CACAGUCAACAACUUGGGCAACCUCUAUAAGAGCCUAGGCCGGCUUGACGAAGCAGAGAAGAUGUACCAGCGGGCGCUGCAAGGCAAAGAGAAGGCAUGGGGACUAGAGCACACAUCAACACUUGACACAGUCAACAACUUGGNCCUCUAUGCGGACCUAGGCCGGCUUGACGAGGCGGAGAAGAUGUACCAACGUGCACUGGACGGAUACGCAAAGGCGUUCAGUCCAAAGGAUCUCAUAACCUGCGUCCCAGCACUAAACAACAUGUGGGCAUUCGCCUCUUUGCGCGAAAGACAAGGCCGUGUAGAUGACGCUAGGCGCUGGUACUCGCAAGCCCUUCUCGGCUAUCAGAAGACGUUUGGGCCAGACCACUACAUGUGCGAGUCGUUGCGCAACAAUAUUGCGUCGCUGGUGCCUGGAGAGGCACGGAGCAAUAGUACGUUUCUGCGCCUGAAUGCUGUUUCUCUUGACUAGCAAAAGAUGCGGCUAUGGUAGGUGCUUGCUCAGACAGCCACUAAAAUCGGCAUGUCAAAGGCAGUUGUCAGAUAUCAGGUCACUGAGGUGAGGUCGGCUGGCCCGGGUCUGCACGCGGCAUGGAGAUGAGGCAUUGAGAGUGAGUUUAGUGAGCAGGAACUCACUGGAUUGGUUGCCGUGUCCAACAGUGAUAGAGGCUCUGAUCCCCAGAGAACGGA